AUGGAAGAAAAUAUUAAUCAAUCGAACAUCCUUAUUUGCGGUUCGGCUCGCGUUGGUAAGAGCACUUUGAUCAAUGCCAUCUGUCGAAAAGAACUUUCAAAGUCGAAUGCAAGUUUAAAUUCUCGUACAAAAGAUAUUGAUCGAUAUUCAUCUCGAAGUGUCGUUGGUCGGGUAAUUCAUGAAACCAAUUUCUGGGAUACACCAGGUAUCGAAUCUUGGAAUGAAAAUGACGUUCGUACUUAUAUGGCAUCAUUAAUCGAAACAACUAAUCCAAUAUGUAUGAUUUAUUGUGCAUCACCUGGCUCUUUCGCUGUAUUAGAUCAUGUUGCUUGGAUGGUUUCGGAAUGUCAUCGAAAAAAUAUUUUCUGUGCACUAGUCUGUACGAAUAUGUGGGCUGGUCGUUAUCGGCAAAGUGUUGUAGAUGAAUUUUGUAAAUUAUUGAAUACGGUUCAUCCACAAAUCAAGUCAACCAAGGAAGAUGGCAUCAUCUAUUACGAUCGAGUUGCUCUUGUUACAAUGGUUAAUAGUACACAGCAUGUUGAUGAAGACUUCGGCGUUUCAAAACCACCAUCUGGCAUUAAUGAACUCAUUUUUGGUAUUGCUAAAUGUCUUGAACGAGAUUUUAUGAUUGCAUGGUUUCGAACAGUAUCUGAAAAUAAUUCAUUCUGGACGACAAUGUCAUCGAAACUAUGCGAUCUAUUAAAGGUACCAUACGAGAAAUUCAAUACUCUAUGUCAACACGUUGGAAAUUUUCUCGAUCUACUACUUGAUAUUCCAGAAUUUGACAACGAAAACACAACCCUAUACUUUCAAAAUAGAACAAACAUCAAUGAUAAUACUGAAUUUUUACCAAAAAAAGACACGGUGAAUUUAAAAAAGUAG